UCCGGGCGGGAGCGGCUUCCUGGGCGCGGGCGGCCUAGGCGGCGGAGCGCGGGGACAGCUCACCUGGAUUGGCGACAUGGAGGACGGCGUGCUCAAGGAGGGCUUCCUCGUGAAGAGGGGCCACAUUGUCCACAACUGGAAGGCACGAUGGUUCAUACUUCGGCAGAACACGCUCCUGUAUUACAAGCUAGAAGGCGGCCGGCGAGUGAACCCGCCCAAGGGGAGGAUCGCCCUCGAUGGCUGCACCAUCACCUGCCCCUGCCUGGAGUAUGAAAACCGGCCGCUUCUCAUUAAACUGAAGACCCAAACCUCCACUGAGUACUUCCUGGAGGCCUGUUCUCGAGAGGAGAGGGACUCGUGGGCCUUUGAGAUAACAGGGGCUAUCCAUGCAGGGCAGCCGGGGAAGAUCCAGCAACUCCACAUACUGAAGAACUCCUUCAAGUUGCCCCCACACAUCAGCCUGCAUCGAAUUGUGGACAAGAUGCACGACGCCAGCAGUGGAAUCCGGCCGAGCCCCAACAUGGAGCAGGGAAGCACCUACAAAAAGACCUUCCUGGGCUCCUCGCUGGUGGACUGGCUCAUGUCCAACAGCUUUGCAGCCAGCCGGCUGGAGGCAGUGACCCUGGCCUCCAUGCUUAUGGAAGAGAACUUCCUCAAGCCAGUAGGGGUGCGGAGCCUGGGAGCUAUUCGCUCUGGAGAUCUGGCUGAGCAGUUUCUGGAUGACUCCACAGCGCUGUACACUUUUGCCGAAAGCUAUAAGAAGAAGGUAAGCCCCAAGGAGGAAAUCAGCCUCAGCACCAUGGAGUUAAGUGGCACUGUAGUCAAACAAGGCUACCUAUCCAAGCAGGGGCACAAGAGGAAAAACUGGAAGGUGCGCCGAUUUGUUCUGAGGAAGGACCCAGCUUUCCUGCAUUACUACGACCCUUCCAAAGAAGAUAAUAGGCCAGUAGGUGGGUUUUCUCUUCGUGGUUCCCUUGUGUCUGCUUUGGAGGAUAAUGGUGUUCCUACCGGAGUUAAAGGGAAUGUCCAAGGAAACCUCUUCAAAGUGAUUACGAAGGAUGACACACACUAUUAUAUCCAGGCCAGCAGCAAGGCUGAGCGAGCAGAAUGGAUUGAAGCUAUCAAGAAGCUAACAUGAUCUAAAGGAGCAGGACCAGGAUCACCGUUGGAUACAGAUGAGACUUCCUGGAGAACUGGAAUACAAGAUAUUGGGCUGGGGAUGUGGCUCAGUGGUGGAGGACCUGCCUGGCAAUCCUGAGGCCCUGGGUUCAAUUCCUAGUACUGUUAAAAAAAAAAAAAAAAAAAAAAAAAAAAAGACUUUACCAUUGUACAUUUUGCAACGCUUUGGAGUGAGACUACCCAUGGUGGCUCCUCAGAUGACAGUGGGCAUGCAACUUCCUUCUGCCUUCCUAUGACCAACUUUAGAAGCUGGGCCAGCUGUUAGGUGGGCAGCGUCUUGACUUUGCUCUUCAGGACAGAAGUGUCUUUGGAGACCACAGUGGUACCUCUUUCUCUGCUGGAACACUAACUCUAGCUCUGCUAUAUUAAAUACUCAAGACAGCUCUCUCUCAACUGACUUCAACAACUCAGUAUCUCAAGGAUUAAUAAAGAUUGACAUCUGUCUCUGGCUUAAUAGGUCAACCUGUAAGGCCUUAUGUUUUACAGAAGCUGGUUGUGGAGAAAUUUCAGGUGAUCUGUCGCCAGGAUGAUGUUUCUCACUUUAAAGUGGGGAUGCUGACAGAUGACUGUUCAGAGGAUACUGUUUGUCCUGUACUGUAAGACAGCAAGUAUCACAAGUUGCAGAUGCCAUACUCUCUUGAAAUCUGUCACAUAUUUUUUAAAAGGCAGAAAUACAGCUUUUCUAUAUAAAAUGGACAUUUAGAAAGACAUGGAACAUGAGCUCUCUAAACGAGAAAGAUACAAAUGGCAAAAGUUAAAUUAAGGCAUAAAACUUUGCUCUAAAAAUGAACAUUAGCUGAAGUUAAGAACAUCCCCAGUUGGGGGUUAAAGUGAAAAGUCUGUAUCAUACAGUGUUUUUAUAAAUAUUUUUUUAUUAAAUUUAUACAGUGAUCUGGCAGUUAUGGCCAGGAUUCAUGCCAAGGACAAUGGCUCGGACUUUAAUAGAUAAAAUACAUAACUUACAUUUAAGGGGAAUGGAUAUUUCUAAAGUGCCUAAGUAAAAACUUUUCUUAAAAUAGAUUUCCUCUUAAUGUCUGGAAUAUCUGACCCCGUAUUCGGAAUCCCAAGAACAUGUUUUUUUCCCUUUAUUCCUUACUUUGUAAGAGACUGCCUUUUCAAGCACCAUUUUUUUUUUUUCCAUUUGGCAUCUUUCCAGGUUUAAUGUACCUAGAAUUACUUUUAGAAUGUUGACAGGUGCUUAUCUGAACUACACUACAUUUGGCUUGAUAGCUUCCUGCUUCCAAACAGCCACAGCCGUGCUUCCCAUAGCUCUGGGUGAGAUGAGGAUUCUCAAGGAUUCUAAAACAGAAGAGCACUGGCUUGAGACAAAGCAGUGAAGCCGGCAAGGUCGAGACCCAACUUUUUUCAUGCCUACUCACUGUAAUUGUUCUGGAUGUAAAAAAACAAAACAAAACAAAAAAAAUACCCAGGACACAACUGGGCUGGUGUGUGGCAGCGGAGUAGUGGCCCAAAGAUCAGCACAUCUCCUUAACUUUGAACAUCUUGAAAUAGCCACCCCCACAAAAAAACUGCCAACCAAACCAAUCAAACCAAACCAAACC